AUGGAGCACUAUAAAAACAAACAUCUCGGCCACGAAAAUGCAUCAUCAAAACGAGCAUCUAUCGCCAUUCAAUCAUACCGGGACAAAAAUACAACCAAAUCACCUCGACAGUCAAUAAUCAGAAAAAUGGGAUCUACAAUCAAGCCAAUUCAGCUUUACGGAGGGAUUCUCGGCCCCAACCCGUUGAAGAUUGGAAUCCUUCUCACCGUCCUCGAGCUGCCCUGGGAGCCAGUUGCGGUCGACCAUGCCGACAUCAAGAAGCCAGCAUAUGAAGCAAUCAACCCAAAUGGCCGACUGCCUUCCAUUCACGACCCGAAUACCGACUUGACUAUUUGGGAAAGUGGCGCGAUCGUCGAAUACCUAAUUGAGCGAUACGAUGCCGAAGAGCCUCGCAAGCUCAGCUUCACCCCUCGCUCUGCGGAGGCCGAGCUCGCUCGCUCUUUCCUCUACCUCCAGGUCUCGGGCCAAGGCCCGUACUACGGACAAGCAUACUGGUUCAAGAAGUACCACGCCGAGAAGAUUCCCAGUGCCGUGGAGCGCUACGUCAAUGAAGCCAAGCGUGUUACUGGUGUACUCGACAAGUGGCUGGGCGCCCAGAAGGAAGCCAACAGCGCAAACCUUGGAGAUGGCCCUUGGUUGGUUGGCAACAAGUUGUCUUACGCCGACAUCUCAUUCAUCCCUUGGCAGGCAGCCGCCCACAUGGCGUUGAAUGACGAAGGAUUUGACGCCAAUGAGUUCCCGCAUGCGAAGGAUUGGUUCGAGCGCAUGGCUUCUAGAAAGGAGAUCAAGGCUGUUUUGGAUUCAUCGGCUGAACAGAUGGCAAAGCGGACGGCUGCUGCAUAA